UUUGCCUAGGGUGCCAAAUGGGUCAGGAACGGCCCUGGUUGUGUUGUCUGCUGAGACCCCCUUAUUGUCAAUAAAGUGUGUAAAGCCAUCCAUCCUCUGAAUGCUCCAGGUCUCUAGUUGGUGGCUGUAAAGUUUCAUGAGGCUGUGAUUAUCCUAGAGGUCACAGCAGCUCAUUUUAUACACUGAGCUCAAGUUUCACUGCAUGUCACAGCAUGUCAGUAAAGAGACUCAGAACUUGUUUACAUUCAGAUAUCUGCAGGUCAGUUAGUAACCAGUUUGGAAUUAGACUUUGACCUGAUAAACUGUUGUGUUAAAGCUCCGCCUCUCAGCUGAGUCACCCGAGACAAACCAGGAAACAGCUGUUAUUCUGCCUCACUGAGACGAAGAGACACACACACACACACACACACACACACUCUGAGAGACGGAGGAUAAGAUCCAGCUUCAGACUAAAACCUCCACUUUGACUGAAAGAGGACGACUUCAGGAGAUUACUGGGAAUACUGGAACAGCUCCACUUCACCAGCUGCUGAAUCCACAAACUGAACGACAGUUUUACAGGAAAGUGAAAGUAACUUUGAGAGAACAGCGAGUGGCUGAGCUGUUUGUCUGCUGUGUUUCAGCUUCACUCAGAGACUAAAUGGCUUCCAGAUUAGAGGAGGAUUUCUGCUGUUCUGUCUGCCACGACAUAUUUAAAGAUCCUGUCGUCCUGUCAUGCAGCCACAGCUUCUGUAAAGACUGUCUGCAGAGCUGGUGGACGGGGAAACCAACCAGAGAGUGUCCGGUUUGUAAGAGAAGAUCUUCAAAGGGUCAUCCACCCUGUAACCUGGUGUUGAAGAACCUGUGUGAGAGUUUCUUACAGGAGAGAGAUCAGAGAGCUUCAGAGUCUCUCUGCAGUCUGCACUCUGAGAAACUCAAACUCUUCUGUCUGGACCAUCAGCAGCCAGUGUGUGUCGUCUGCAGAGACUCAGAGAAACACACCAACCACAGAUUCAGACCCAUCGAUGAAGCUGCACAACAACACAAGGAGGAGCUUAAGAAAACUCUGGAGCCUUUAAAGGAGAAGUUAAAGGUUUAUGAACGAGUUAAAGUGAAGUUUGAUGAAACAGCAGGACACAUUCAGGACCAGGCCCGACGCACAGAGACGCAGAUUAAGGAGCAGUUUAAGAAGCUUCACCAGUUUCUAGAAGAGGAAGAGGAGGCCAGGAUGGCUGCACUGAGGGAGGAAGAGGAGCAGAAGAGUCAGAUGAUGAAAGAGAAUAUGGAGGCUCUGAGCAGAGAGAUAGCAGCUCUUUCAGACGCAGUCAGAGCCACAGAGGAGCAGCUGAGAGCUGAACACGUCUCAUUCCUGCUAAACUACAAGGCUGCAGUGGAAAGAGUCCAGCAGCGCCCCCUGCUGGAGGAUCCACAGCUGCCCUCAGGAGCUCUGAUAGACCAGGCCAAACACCUGGGCAACCUGGCCUUCAACAUCUGGAACAAGAUGAAAGACAUGGUCUCCUACAGUCCUGUCAUCCUGGACCCAAACACUGCUGGUCCAUAUCUCAUCCUGUCUGAAGAUCUGACCAGUCUGAGACGAGGAGGAAGACAGCAUCUUCCUGAUAAUCCAGAGAGGUUUGGUUAUUUUGAAUGGUCUGUUCUGGGCUCUGAGGGCUUUAACUCAGGGACUCACAGCUGGGAGGUCCAGGUUGGAGACAAUACAGGCUGGGGACUGGGUGUGUUAGCAGAGUCUGCCCCGAGGAGAGGAGCCACAACGUCUGGAUUAUGGAGAAUACGGUUCUAUAAAGAUGAAUACUACCCAUGUUCACCAAUAGAUAGAAAAACUGUUCUCGUAGUGCAGAAGAAGUCUCAGAGGAUCAGAGUGAAUCUGGACUGGAACAGAGGAAAGCUGUCGUUCUCUGAUGCUGACACUAACACACACAUACACACCUUCACACACACUUUCACUGAGAGGAUGUUUCCAUAUUUUUUCAAUGAGGAUGAGGAUUAUCUCCCACUGCAGGUUUUACCAGUGAAGGUCUCUGUGGCUGCAGGACAACAGAAAUAGAUGAUCAGCAUCGUCCUGAAGUCUUUGAGGAUCAUGUGACCACUUUGACCUCGGGAUGUUUGUUUCUCCGUCAGUGAGAGGAAAUGAUGUCAUGAUGAUGUAACAACUCAGACCAAAGAGCUGUCAAUCACUCUGUGACUGGCAGGCGUCUCUGUGGUUUCCUGAUCCAUUAGUGAUCAAAACUUUAAAGUGAAUUCUCUGUAAAACUUCAUUCUCAUUGAUCGUUUUUUUUCUUCUAUUGAUUUUAGAGAGUUGUAUAGAAAAAUACUGUCAAAUAACAGAAAACAAUAAGUUAUUUACAGAUAAUUAAUAUAAA